UUGGGAGGACUUUAAAUAGGUGGCUAUUCCUAAUUCUUCUACAAAAAAAGCUGAGUGUAUUCAUUGUAAGACGAAGCUUACAAUCAACAAGACUGGUUCUGAGUAUCCAACAUCCAAUCUUUUCUUACCUCAACUUAUUGAAAUUGGGAGCUAAUGUUGAAGGUUCAGGUGACUUUUUCUUGCAAGAAAUGAAAGACAAAAUGACAAAGAAAUUUGAUAAGUAUUGGGGAUCUUGCAACAUAAUGAUUUCAAUAGCAGCUGCGUUAGAUCCUAGAAAUAAGAUGAAAUACAUUGAGCAUUGUGCUAGCAAUUUCUUUUCUGAAGCUGACGGAGUAUUAUUUAAAGUCACAGUUCGUGAGACUUUAAAUAAUCUCUAUGCCGAGUAUGUUGAGGAAUAUAGAGCUGGUAGUAGUAUUGGAAGGAGUUGCAGUAGUGAAAAUGAUGUUAUUGCUAGUGAAAGGGGCAGUGCUAGUGUUUUGAUAGGAUCUAAUCCAAGUAAUUAUGCUGGAUAUCUUCAAACUGUUGAUGAUGUUGAAGAUUUGAAAUCUGAUUUGGAUACCUAUUUUGAAGAAAAAGUCAUCAAAUGGAAAGAGCCUGGACAUUUUGAUGUCAUUAUGUGGUGGAAAUUGAAUAGUCAAAAGUUUAUAAUAUUAUCAAAGAUGGCUUGUGACGUGUUGUCGAUUCCGAUCACUACUGUUGCUUCAAAGUCUGCAUUUAGUGCGUGUGGUCGAGUUAUAGAACCACAUCGAGCCUCUCUAGCAGUAGAUACAGUGCAAAUGUUACUUUGUGCCGGGGAUUGGUUGCGAGCUACUUAUGGGAUUAAGGGGAAAAAGAAGGAUGACAUUCAAGACAUCAAAGAAUAUACAAUGUCUUGAGAGUUUUGUGAAGAAACAUUGGAUGAGAAUUGCAAGGAGCUUCAAGAUCAAAUGCCAUGUUUUAUAAAUAUUGUGUAAUUUUGAUUCUUUUUGUGGAUUUAUUUUGUGAUUUUGCAUUGUGGAUUGAAAUUUUUGGAAUGACUACAUAACAAAUUUUAUUUAUUAU